AUGUCAGGCCACAACCCCACCGGUUUCGACGUCAAGGCUUUCAAGGCUGCGGCCUCUCCUUCUUCCCCAUUCGCCAAGCGUGAUCCUUGGGCGCGCAACGAAACAUGGCGCUACACAGGCCCAUUCACCCGAUGGAACCGCUUUAAGGGUUUAUUCCCCGGCCUUGGUAUCGCUACUGUGGCUUUCACUGCCUACUGCACCUACGAGCACUUCUUCCUCAAGGACGACCACCACCACGGUGAUGCCCACCACGGCGAGGGCCACCACUGA